AGAUCUCUCAGCUCCUCUCUCUCCUCCAUCAGGGUCAGCUUCAGCCGAGGCCAAACUUCAGAGGAAACAAGUACUCUCAUCGCAGAUAUGGAGGUCAGGACUGUUCUGAUUGGCAGAGCAACAAAGACAGUGGACACGGCGAGAGCGAGGCUGGAGACAUGGACUGGGAACCAGAAAGAGACUCAGACCAUCAGCUGGAGGAGGGACUCCAGAACCUGCUCAACGAUGACAUCUUCCCAGAUGUCAGCGACCCGGCCUGGAUGGCCCGGCUCUCUCUGCCUCUCACUGCCGAUUACCACGACAACGUCUUUGUCCCCAACGGGCCACCGUCCCCUGAGAGUGAGCUCUGUCCCCGGGAUGCCCUGGACUCCUCGUCCUUCUCCACUUUCGGUAAAACUCCAGAGAAGGAUGGCCCACUGGGCGGGGCGCUGCUGUCUGAGGUCAGCACGCUGUUUGAGAUGCUGAUGACACAGAAGGCCGACGCCCACCCCGGCCCUCGGGCCGACAUCCUGUACCGACUCUCCGCGGCGUACCGCCGGUCUCUGGGUCUGGACGACACCGCCGCCUCAGGAAAUGCAUCAAGGAACUCUGGGAAUGCUGAGAAGAGGGCGGGCCUGGCUGCUCCUUCAGGACUUUAUCAAUGAGAUCACUGAACUCUGGAAAGACUGAGUUUCUGUGUGUGAGGAGAAUGUUGAUGUAAUACUGAAAUAUGAUUUAAAUGUAUAAAAUUAUUUUUUUAUAGAUUGAGGCUUCAAUAUAAAGAAGGUGUCACUUCCAGCACUUUUGUGCCAAUAAGAAGAGGUGAAGAUGUGUUCAGAGUCAACAUGAAGCUAAAUUUGUCUCCUGGUAUUAACAUGAGUUUGACUGUUUGGGUGCUUUUGUAGUCCGUUUCCUCGGUCAAACUGAAAGACAUGUUUUCAGGCUCAAACACUAAGGUUGAUGAAGUUUCAUCUUUAUUCAAAUGUCUUUUGACUCCGACAGGAAACAGAAGCACAGUUGUUCUUUGUAAAAGCUAAACAUUAUUAUUUCAAUCCUAUCUACGUAAUUAUAAACGAGGAAGUAUAGAGACCAUACAAACCCUCACAGGGCGGUGGUGGAGGUGGAUGAGUCCAACAAACAGAUCUUUCCUCCGGCAGACCGCUGUUUGUUUGUUCCUCGUGUGAAACCAGAAGUCAACAUUGAUUUAUUUGUCACGUAACUUUAGUACUUCAGUAACGACACUUCUGUAGUUAUUUUAACUCAAACAACAAUCUUUCCCUAAAUCUAACGUAGUAGUUUUAGACAAGAUAAGAUAUCCUAUGAACCGUUAUAUGAAGAUGCGUUGUUUUCAUGUUGUAAAACUUAAAACUUGUGGUUUUACACGGGACAAAAACACCGGUCCCCUGAGUGAAAGUCCUGUGUUUGUUUGACUCCGUUUGUCCCUCUAGCCUUGUGAGGACUUUCUCUCUUUAAUUCACACCAGUUGAGCCUCUAAUAAAGACGUCGGUCUCUGACCAGCCGUCGGUGUUUGACGCCCUGAGAGUGAGAACGGGUUUAUUAGUGUUGGACAGACCCACAAACCUGCUGAUCAUUGAGAUAUGAUAAGAGAUUAUUGUCAAAUAAAUAAAAAUGCCUGGUGUGUAAAUAGUUCUUUAAUCUGAGGAGAAGAUCAGGGAUUUGAUACAGAACACGCAUGUUGAAAUGGUGCUCAUGCUGAGGAAUCAAGUGGAAAACAAAGACUCAGGAAGGAAACAGGAAGUGAAGGAAAGAAGUUGGGACGCAUUUUAAUGGUGAAUCUGAAAGUAGAAGAUGUGUCCUUGUUAUGUUGCUGCUGUUUAGUCGGGCCGACCGGACGUCAUUAUGGGCUUUAGUUCUGUGUGUUGGUGACCAGAAGGAAGCGAUGCUUUGUCUUCUUGUUCCUCCUCGAGACAGAAACAAGCUGAGAGACUUUGUUUGUCUGGAUGUUCCUUUACAGGCUGUUUCAUCAUACAACUAUACGACUCUUCAGUUAAGUUAUUGCUUUAACUUCUAUAAUAAGUCGUCAUUUUUACUGUAUUUUAUAAACCAGAAAACAGAACUUUGUACAUAUUGUUUUUUAUAUAUCAAAAGACUUUUGUGAAACUUUUUAAUGGAAAGUCAGUUUUGUAUUUUUUUCCAAUAAAGUGUGUUUUUAUGUUUCAACUUUGUUUUCACGUCAUUUAACUCAAACAGCAUUCAGAACUUCAUUGGAGAAACAAAGUGUAUUAAGAGUGUGUGUGUGUGUGUGUGUGUGUGUGUGUGUGUGUGUGUGUGUGUGUGUGACACCUAUCAAACAUCUGCUCAAAUUAUGGGCUCAGAACUUCUCGGUCUCCACAACAUGA